GUGGAUUUCUCACUGCCUUCCCUUCAUACUAUUUGGAAAGUUGCACUUUAGUUCCACCUUCCACAAUCUUUUGAGGAGGGAUUACAGGCACCUAUGAGGUGGCCUGGAAAGUGUCAUCAAGUAUGCAGAGACAAAUGCUCUAAACAUAAUGAAAAGAUGGCCUGCCUUACAAUGACAGAGAUGGAAGGAACAGCAACUUCUACUGUCCACCAAAAUGGUGACAUCCUUGGGAAUGCAAAUGCUCCCAAGCAGACAGAGCCAGUGCUUCAGGUUUACCUUUAUCAUUCCCCGGAGAAGACCGAAGGAGAUUAUCUUCAGUUUCCAGCUGGUGAAUAUAUUGCGGAAGAGAUUUGUGCUACUGCUUGUAAAGCUUGCGGUAUCAUGCCUGUGUACCAUAACAUGUUUGCACUAAUGAAUGAAACAGAGAGAAUUUGGUAUCCUCCAAAUCACAUCUUCCACGUAGAAGAAUCAACCAGGCUCAACAUACUCUACCGAAUAAGGUUUUAUUUUCCUCACUGGUAUUGUAAUGGCAGUAGCAGAGCAUAUCGUUAUGGUGUUUCCCGAGGUGCAGAGAGCCCUGUCGUUGAUGACCUUGUCAUGUCUUAUCUGUUUGCUCAGUGGCGAGAUGAUUUUGUUCAUGGCUGGGUAAAGGUGCCUGUUACUCAUGAAACACAGGAAGAAUGCCUUGGAAUGGCUGUUCUUGAUAUGAUGAGAGUGGCCAAAGAAAAGGACCAAACUCCCCUGGCUAUCUACAAUUCAGUCAGUUACAAGAUGUUUUUGCCCAAAUGUGUUCGGGCAAAAAUCCAAGACUACCAUAUUUUGACACGAAAGAGAAUACGGUACAGAUUCCGCAGAUUUAUCCAGCAGUUUGGCCAAUGCAGAGCUACUGCCAGAAACUUGAAACUUAAAUAUCUUAUAAAUCUGGAAUCCCUUCAGCCUGCCUUCUAUUCAGAGAUUUUUGAAGUAAAAGAGCCUUGCAGAGGUGAAGAGAGUUUUGCAACCAUUAUAAUAACUGGAAAUGGUGGAAUUCAGUGCUCAAGAGGGAAACAUAAAGAAAGUGAGACACUGACAGAACAGGAAUUACAAACAUACUGUGAUUUUCCUGAUAUAAUCGAUGUCAGCAUUAAGCAAGCAAACCAAGAAGGCUCCAGUGAGAGUAGAAUUGUCACCAAUGAGAGUAGAAUUGUCACCAUUCAUAAGCAGGACAGCAAGAAUCUGGAGGCUGAAUUUCAUUCAUUAAGAGAAGCUCUCUCUUUUGUAUCGUUAAUUGAUGGAUAUUAUAGAUUAACUGCAGAUGCUCACCAUUACCUCUGUAAAGAAGUAGCACCACCAACAGUGCUUGAAAAUAUCCAAAGCAACUGCCAUGGACCAAUUUCCAUGGACUUUGCUACCAAUAAACUGAGGAAAGCAGGCAAUCAGACUGGCUAUUAUGUUCUUCGUUGCAGUCCUAAAGAUUUUAAGAAAUACUUCCUCACCUUUGCCAUAGAGCGGGAUGGUGUCGCUGAGUAUAAACACUGCUUAAUAACAAAAAAUGAGACUGGAGAGUAUAAUCUUAGUGGAACGAAGAGAAGUUUUGGUAACCUUAAGGAUCUGUUGAAUUGCUAUCAGACAGAAACGGUCCGUUCAGACAACAUCAUUUUCCAGUUUACCAAAUGCUGCCCUCCAAAACCAAAAGAUAAGUCAAAUCUUCUGGUAUUCAGGAGCAAUGGUAUUUCUGAUGUACCUACAUCGCCCACAUUGCAGAGACACAAUAAUGUCAACCAAAUGGUCUUUCACAAAAUCCGGAAUGAGGACUUGAUAUUUAAUGAGAGCCUUGGGCAGGGCACCUUUACUAAGAUUUUCAAAGGUAUAAGGAAAGAAGUGGGAGACUAUGGCGAGCUCCAUCAAACUGAAGUCGUCUUAAAAGUGCUGGAUAAAGUGCACAGAAAUUACUCUGAGUCUUUCUUUGAAGCAGCAAGCAUGAUGAGCCAGCUUUCUUACAAGCACUUGGUAUUAAAUUAUGGAGUAUGUGUCUGUGGAGAGGAGAAUAUCCUGGUGCAGGAGUACGUCAGAUUCGGAUCCUUGGACACAUAUUUGAAAAAGAACAAAAAUUCUAUCAAUAUCUUGUGGAAAUUGGAAGUUGCCAAACAGUUGGCAUUGGCCAUGCAUUUUCUGGAAGAUAAAAGCCUGGUUCAUGGGAAUGUAUGUGCAAAAAAUAUCUUACUUAUCAGAGAAGAAGAUAGGAAGUCUGGAAACCUUCCGUUUAUCAAACUUAGUGAUCCUGGCAUCAGCAUGACAGUUUUGCCAAAAGACAUUCUUCUUGAAAGGAUACCCUGGGUUCCACCUGAAUGCAUUGAAAAUCCUAAACAGCUAAGUUUGGCAACAGACAAGUGGAGUUUUGGUACCACUUUAUGGGAAAUCUGCAGUGGGGGAGACAAGCCCCUUGGUGCACUGGAUUCUCCCAGAAAGCUACAGUUUUAUGAAGAUAGGCACCAGCUUCCUGCUCCAAACUGGACAGAACUAGCAAAUCUUAUAAACAACUGUAUGGAUUAUGAGCCAGAUUUCAGACCUUCUUUCAGAGCCAUUAUACGUGAUCUUAACAGUUUGUUCACGCCAGAUUAUGAGCUAUUGACAGAAAAUGACAUGUUGCCAAACAUGAGGAUUGGUGCUCUUGGGUUUUCUGGGGCAUUUGAAGACAGGGACCCAACACAAUUUGAAGAGAGACACCUUAAGUUCUUACAGCAACUUGGCAAGGGUAACUUUGGCAGUGUCGAGAUGUGCCGGUAUGACCCACUACAAGACAAUACUGGAGAGGUGGUGGCUGUAAAAAAGCUACAACACAGCACAGAAGAGCACCUACGAGACUUUGAAAGGGAAAUUGAAAUCCUUAAAUCCCUGCAGCACGAUAACAUUGUUAAGUACAAGGGAGUGUGCUACAGUGCCGGUCGUAGAAAUCUGAGAUUAAUCAUGGAAUAUUUACCAUAUGGAAGUUUGCGAGACUAUAUCCAGAAGCACAAGGAGAGGCUGGAUCACAAGAAACUUCUGCAGUAUACGUCUCAGAUAUGCAAGGGCAUGGAGUAUCUGGGCACAAAAAGGUACAUUCACCGGGAUCUAGCAACAAGAAACAUCUUAGUGGAAAAUGAGAACAGAGUUAAAAUUGGGGACUUUGGACUGACAAAAGUCCUGCCACAAGACAAAGAAUACUACAAAGUGAAAGAGCCUGGAGAAAGCCCUAUAUUUUGGUAUGCUCCAGAAUCUCUGACAGAGAGCAGGUUUUCUGUGGCCUCUGACGUGUGGAGCUUUGGCGUGGUCCUGUAUGAACUCUUCACGUAUAUUGAAAAGAGCAAAAGCCCUCCAGCGGAAUUCAUGCGCAUGAUUGGUAAUGAUAAACAAGGACAGAUGAUUGUAUUCCAUUUGAUAGAGCUUUUGAAGAACAAUGGACGGCUGCCAAGACCAGAUGGAUGUCCUGAUGAGAUUUAUGCCAUCAUGACAGAAUGCUGGAACAAUAACGUAAGCCAGCGUCCCUCCUUUAGGGAGCUUGCGGUGCGAGUGGAUCAUAUAAGGGACGACAUGGGUGGAUAAGAGAACUGAAGGUUGUUCAGAGGACAUAUGAACACAGAACAAAGUCUGCCCUUUGGGUUGCUGUGGAUUAUACACAUACAUCCAUCUAUCUUUAUUGUGGGCAAAACAUGUGUGCAAAUUAUCCUAUCAGAACCUGCAAACUGUGAGGAAUUCUGAUCAUUUUCUUCAUCAGGAUACAUUUGCUACUACAAGGACAUGACAGUGAAAUACUUUAAUAGAAAGUGGAUUAUUUUUCUAAACAGUGUCCUAAUAUGUGGUCAGUUAGCAUCACCAGUAUUUGCCUUACUUGGCAAUGCAAAAAAAGAGUGACUUACCACUUUGGUAGGGUUUUUAGGGAGAUGAAAAGACUGAAUGCAUUUCCUUGCCAAGAUGGAGAUGCACAGAAUAUAUUUUUAGUGUUUUCACACUGAAUGUAUAGCAACUUGGCAUCCUGUGUAGUGUGUUGCACAAGGGCUUGUGCUUUAUUAAUAUAGUUUUAUAAUUUCAUUGUCAAUGAAGAAUUGGCUUCUCUGUAGAACAAAUUGAAGGAGGUUAGAUAAUUUACUAAGCAACUUUCAAUGUGCCUGUUUGCGUCCAUUAUUAGCCAGCGAUACACGCAGAGGUAUAUGUUAGGCUGUUGUGUGAUGUACUGUAAAUAUUUUUAGGGAAAGGGAACAAAUAUUUAGUUCUAUUUGUACAGCAACCCCUCUCCCCCCAAAAAGUCAAAUUUUGAAAUGGACAAGCAUAAAAACAGCACAAUCUAUUUUCCUACGUUCCCCCCCCCCAUGUAUCUGUUGUGGAAGUGUUGGAUUCUCUCCUCAUUUUAUAAAAAUACAGGCAGCAAGUGGAAUUGAAGCUGCUUCAGAUAAAGCAAUGAUUUCAGUGGGCCACUUCUGAGAAUGAGAAUGCUAAACAUGUUAUUAACCUUACUACAUGCUGCUCUUUUGUCUUUCUGACUUUGUAACCUUCAUGUGAUGAUGAAUUUAACUAUAAAUAAGGAUUCUGCUUUGGGGGUUGAACUAAAAAUAGAAAAUACCUCCAAAUCCACAAUUCAGUAUUAGGAUUAACAAUGCCCUUCUGCCCCCACUCCCAAAAAGGAGUUUACAACAAAACUAUCAGCCAUCUUACCAGGACUGCUUGCUGAUGGAGUUGUACCAUCCCAUCCCCUAUUUCCUUCCUUUGAUAAAAUCCCAAGGUUUGGGCAAAGGAAAUAUCAGUGAGAUUUCCCAUGCAGAAAUUCCUCCACAUCAGUCUGAGGUUUAGGAACCAGGAUUUGCCACCCUGCAAACAGGCCCAGGCCACACCCUCAGAAUUCUGUGGGAUCUGCGUGAAGUCAGAGCUACCUGCACGGGGUCCCUGUACCUUGGCUCGGUACUUCCAGUAGUUCUGGCCUCAGUCCCUUUAGCAUAUGUCAAGGAGCUGUAGAGAAAAGAUAAAUACAGCUCCAGGCUCAAAUGCCCUUUCUGGAGGACCCAUGCGCUCCGUCUCCCUGGUCCAUUGCAGACCCACAUAGAAGGGGUAUACAAUCUGUUGAGGUUAACUGAGGCCCCCUACCCUGUGAGGGAAGGAAGACCUGUGUAUGGAGUGUCCCCUAUAUGCAUAUUUCUUGGGGGCACGAUCCCCAUUAUCUCUAGCUGUAAGUCAAUGAAUGUGGCAUUUUCUAAUUCAAGCCAGAUGAUCUUACUUGUUCUCUUAAAAUACAGUAGACUGUAAACUAAACUUAACUCUAACUUGCCUUGUUAGAGUGAUUGUUCAACUUUGUUUUUGUUGAGCAAAUCUCAUUUUAGGGGCACCACAACUCAACAUUUGUUCUUAGAUCCAGAUUUCUAGUCAAGUGGAAUGUUCAUUUUUAAAUAAAUUGACAGCAAAUCAGAGACACAGGAAAAUUAUUCACAAACAUUAAGGAGCACAAUAGUGCUGUCAUAAUGUAAAUCUUAUAGGAAGAUUGUUUUUCAAAAGUACUUCAAUUCUAACAAUGCUUACCCAUUGUUCAGCUUAGCCCAGUGCCAGUAGGAGAAUGUUUUGUGCCACUACGGGACACUCCUGCAGGUCUUACACAGGCAAAUCUUAUGCUGACCAAAACCAGGAAGAUUUUGCCAAGGGUAAGAAGUGCAGGAUCAGGCCUUCUAUCCUGGAAAUUAUUUUACCAAUAAUUUAUGCUUCUGUUGCCACGUUUGAAACACUUAAAGCAUUUUUAAAAAAUUAACUUCACCAUAUAUAUUUUUCAAGUGCAUUUUUUCAAAUCAGUACCUGUUGUUGCAUUUCUGUACAUUGUUUUAGACUUGAUUUUAAAAGAAGUUGUGCAAAAGAUGUCUUUGCAUUUGUAGAGUCUUAACUUUGUAUGGUGAGUUUUGUCGGGGUUUUGUUUCGUUUGUUUUGUUUUGUUUUUUUUGGUAACCAAACAAAAUAUUCUAGCUUUACAAGCAUUAAACAGCAUUAUUGCUGGGAUGAUAAAUGCAGAAAUCUAAAAUUGCAGUGUAUGACACUCAGUAACCCAUAGGGGUGGGAAUCCAUGAAAGUACAUAUUACUGCUUGAUCUCAUGUCCUCAAUGAGAUCAAGCAGUAAUAUUACUAGUGAUAUGCUAGGGGAAAAAAGACUUAGGUGCUUAUGUCCCUGGUUUAGGCACUUAAAGUCCCAGUUUUGGCUCCAUUGCGAUUCAAAACAUCCUACUAAACUCUGUAGGCACCUGAAUUCACUCGACACUGAAGUUUUUUUUAGAGUAAAAGUUCCCUAGGCACCUAUGUUUCUUCUUUUGGUCAUGUGCUGCCUCAUUCUAGCCGACCAGAUGCCUGUCUCCUGUCUGAGCCCCAGAAUGAUUCACUAACCAGGGAAAGACAGGCAUUCAGAUACCUAAGUUAUGUGCAGGUCCUGAUCCAGUAGGCAGGCUCAGAGCUUACUUAUCAGCUCAAGUCCCAUUUGAAAUCUAAGUACUGGACCCAGGGUCAUGCACCUAGGAAGUCCUGAGUCUAGUCCCCCAGUUCCAAGCAUCAUUAUUUAUCAACAGUGCAAUAGGAAAGAGUGAGGGAGUCUUACCUCAGACUGUCCCAUAGCCCAGUGGUUAGAGGCAUUUUAACAACUGGGCUAUGGGAGACCCCUGUUCAAAUCCUUUCUCCCCUUCUGGCAGAGAGGGGGGGAUUGAAUUUGGGUCUCCCACAUCCUAGUGAGUGCUCUAACUACUGGCUAAGAAGUUAUACAGUGGGUGCCACCCUGCCAGCACCACCAUUAUCUGUGGGGUGAGGCAGGUGCCUAAUUGACUCCCUCAAGAAACAUCUUAGGCGUCUAAGCCGUCUAACUCCAGGUAGCAGGUUCCUGUUAAUGGAUUGUUACAUAGACAUAGGUGCCUCCCUGCAACCUGGUGCCUAUCUCCAAGAGAGGGUGGGGCAGAGCUUAGCACAGACAUCUCUAGUUGAUAUCUCCCACUGGCUAGCUUAGGUGGCUCUCUGCCAAGCAUGCUGGCUUUUGUGGCUUGCUGCCUGAGGCACCUCUCUCUCCCCAGUUGAUUGUAUGGGUGCCUAACUCACCUAACUGCUUGGUGGAUCGCAGUGGUGUUCCUGUAAUUUUCUAGGCUCUAAAAAAUAAGGAUUGUGACGCUCAGCGUUGCAACACCUAAGUCCCUUUGUUCAUCCCACCAUAGGUUUCCAAUAUUUAAUAGACACAGAAUAUAGCUUGUUUAUGUAAAAAUCUCAGGGACAUUUGUGUAAUGCAAUGAAGAGAUCUUCCAUACUGGUAUUGUUUUCAAGUGAAUAAAAGCCCUUUGCUUGUUCUAGUACAGUAUGUCUGAUUUCAUACUCUAUUUGAUUUCAAAAGUGUAGUGUUAGAAUUUACAAGUUUUGAAGUUCUGUAUUUUAUUAAAAACAUUUUUAAAAGCC